AUGCCAGGUGUCCCCACUGAUGCGCUUGAUCAGCUCAAAAAGGGCAUCAAGAAAUUCUUCGCACGCAAGAAGAAGAAUACUGGACAAGAUGCGGCACCCGCGCAACCCGCUGAGAAUGCUCCAGCCGGGACAAACACCACACAGCCAGCGACUGAGCCCUCAGCUACGGCUCCUCCUCAUGCUGCACCAGAAACCACCCCCGUAGCACCAGUCCCUCCCACCACAACUCCUGCACCCGCGGAGGGAGCUAGUCCUGCUCCACAACCUGCUGCUGCUCCAGAGGCAACUCCAGCUGUGGCUUCUGAGCCUGCUCCGGCAACCCAGCCCCCUGCGCAACCCGCAACAACUGAAGUGCCUACAGAACCCGCAGUAGCGAAAGCCCCAGAGCCGACGCCGGCUGCUGCACCGGUUGUUGCUCCUCCUCAGCCUGCUCCAGCUGAUGUCCCAUCAGCACCAGCAGAGCCCACGCCGGCUCCCGAUGCAAAGCCUGCAGAAGCACCUGUGAUCACAGAACCAGCAGCACCCGCUCCCGUGGUAGAGGAGACCGCACAGCCUGCUGCUGUGCCCGAGAAUAAAGCUCCAGCAGAAACUGCUGCUCCCAAAUAA